AUUUUGGGAACGACACUGUUAUUGCGCUCGUGUUUCUGCACGGACUGUGAAACUGGUGCACAGCCGGAAGUUCGUUCCAUGCUUCGAGACGGUCAGGCGCGAGACGCCACAAUAAACAGAAGAUAUCAAAGAAUUUAAUCGUUUUUACGACAUACGAGACACUAAUAAUGUCUGACAACGAAGACAAUUUUGAUGACGGAGAUUUUGAUGAUGUUGAAGAUGAAGAGCCUCUGGAUGAUCUGGAGAAUGCGGAGGAUGAGGAUCAGGAGAACGUCCAGAUCCUGCCGGCGGGAGAAGGACAGCAGGCCAAUCAGAAGAGGAUCACCACUCCUUACAUGACCAAAUACGAGCGCGCGCGAGUGCUGGGUACGCGAGCGCUGCAGAUUGCGAUGUGUGCGCCGGUGAUGGUGGAGCUGGAAGGAGAGACAGAUCCGCUGCAGAUCGCCAUGAAAGAGCUCAAGAGCAGGAAGAUCCCCAUCAUCAUCCGCCGGUAUCUUCCUGACGGCAGUUACGAGGACUGGGGCUGCGACGAGCUCAUCAUCACCGACUGACGUCCACACACUCACUCUGAUCACGUGAUCAUCGCUGUCAGAAGUCAGAUCUGUGUGUUACAGCAGUGUUUACAUCUGCUCUGCUCUGGUUUAUAGUGUGGAGGUUCAUCCUGCAGUUCUGGUGUUUGUCCACAUGAGGGCAGCACUAACACACCAUAAACACCCAGACUCUGAAUCCUUAUUUAAUGUUUAUUUGACUGUUUUAUUCAUGCAUAAUUAAACCUUUUUGUACUUAAUGAUA